AUGGAACAAAAUAUUAAGACUACACUUUUUAUUAAAAUUACUACGUUUAUCCUUUUAUGUUGGAUAUGUCAUUUUUGUAUUUAUAUAAGUACUCUUAAAAAAACUUUGGAUGAAAAAAAGAAUAAUCGUAGUAUAUUACAUGCAAGGACUUAUCGCUUACUAGCAAUAUACAAGAAGGAUAAUGAUUCAAGUACUUUAUGUUUAAAAGAAGAAAUGUCAAUUAAUGGUAUGCAUGAAAUAAAUGAUAUAACUAAUAAUGAGAAGGAUGAUUUGGGGAAAAAAAAAAGAUCAAAUGAAUGUCCCUCAAAGUGUGCAGGAGGUUAUAAAAGACCUACGAAAAAUAAAUCUUGUACAUUUGAAACAAAAAAAUAUUCUCAUACCGAAAAAAAAAUAUUCAAAGAACUUGAUUAUACGGAUUUUCUUAAAAAUAACAAGGCAAUCAGUGAUAAGAUUUACAACAAAAUAAUACUUAAAAAAUUCGGAUUGCGAAUUUUUUUACCUGUGUUAAUCUUCUUGUUUUUAUUAAUAAUAUUUAUACUAGAAAUAUCACUGAAUUCUGUAAAACCCAAAAGUACUUUAUUGUCUGAAUUAGGAUUAAACAAGGAAUUUUUAAAUCUCUUAAGCGAAGGAGAAUGGAAAUCAUUUUUAUCAGUUUUGAAAAAUUUAGGAGGGUUUUUAAAACACAGUGUAUCUGAUUCUGAGGGCACAGCUACAUGUAUUAUGUGUGAUACAGCAAAUAGUGUUAGUGAUGCAUGCAUAUUAGGACAAUUUUUCCGUAUUCUAAUAUAUUUCGUACCUUUCAUUAUAUUAAGUAUUACUGUAAUAAUAGGAAUUAUUUAUUAUCAUAAAAAAGUCAACAAAUAUGAAAAAAUUAAAUACAGAAAAAGAUAA